AUGGCCUCUGUGUUCACUUACGAGACGGACCCUCCCAGGGUAUCGUCUCCCUGGUCAACUCCCGGGUCGUGCACCCCACACUUGCGGAAGACCUCCAGCGGGUAUCUGAGCACUGGUUCACAGGAUUCCAAUGCGCCUGAUUCCAGUGACCCAAGUUACCUGACGUACCAUGGGAUCACCAAGUUGGACGUGGAACCGCAAGACGGACCGACCGAGUACAAACUCCACUUGCUACUGCGCCCGCGCCGCUCAUUCAUCUCUUUAUCUACAGGGAGCCUAAUAUCUGGUUCAAACCACUCCAAAUCGGGCCAGGAUAUUCCCCUGCUGCUGCAGGAGCAUUUAGAAUCCGUCUCGGCAAAAGCUCCGCUUGCAUCGUCGAGCCAAACUCGACAGCACAGACUGCACCAGCUUACCACCCAGCUACUAUGGCGACUGCAGCAGUCUUCCCCGUUUCACUCGUCUUCGUCGACGUCAGAGUUAAUAUUGCCGGUCCUGCCCGAUGCCACCCCUACGUUGGAUAUUCCAAAGACGCUAGCUCCACUUCUCCCAGGAUUGGAAGAAAGCCAGGGCGCGCUGUAUGAGAUUGGGGUCUCUGACGAUGGGAACUUUAUUGGUUUGGCGGGAGACGAGCUAGAGGAGAGCCUGGUCAACCUUCAGGCCAUGGCGGCCAGCUUGGGUUGCAGGGUGGAAAUCUUAAGAAAAGUCGCGGUUGGGUUCUGCAAGUGGGCUGAGCCCGGAACUAAAGACCCCCAAAUGGCCACUAUUGAAGACAAGUUGUGGGUUGCAGAAGCUUUGGUGCGCCCAGAUCUAAGAAGUGAUGUUACCAGCAGCUCCACCGAGACCCAUGUUCUAGGUAAACUAACGGCGGGUCGAAGGUUCCACGACCUGUCUGAUCCACCACCGCAAACUCAGCAGCUUCAAGUUGCCAUUCUGGGCGCCUCAGGCAGCGGGAAGUCGUCCCUUUUGGGAAUUCUAUCCACAUCGGCCCUGGAUAACGGGCGGGGACGCAGCAGAAUCAGUCUUCUAAAACACCGGCACGAAAUUGCUUCUGGGGUGACAAGUUCCGUGGCGCAGGAGCUGAUUGGAUACUCUGCGCCCGAGAAAUCCACGGCGGGUGAGGCCCCGGACGUGGUCAACUAUGCGUCUGGCAAUGUGAGCGCGUGGACCGACAUCCACGCGACCGCUGCUGGCGGCCGCCUGGUGUUUCUGUCCGACCUCCCGGGGUCGCUGCGAUACAGCAAGUCGACGCUGCGCGGGCUGCUAAGCUGGGAGCCUCACUACGUGCUCUUCUGCAUUCCCGCAAACCCUGGCACAAACACCGACCGCUUUGACCUCGCGGAGAUCGACGCCGCGCUGGUGUAUCUAGACUUGUGCCUAAAAUUAGGCCUUCCGAUUGUGCUGGUGGUGACCAAAUUGGAAACGGCAACACUGCCUGUUAAGCAUGCCUUGGCUCCAAGCGUCUCUGCGAUCAAAGCUGCUGGUCGGAAACCGGUUUUGCUUUUUCGCCCUGGGGAGUCCCCCAUGUCUGACCUCGACCUCCAGGCAAUAUCCGUGCUUGACCGAGAAAUCAUCGAUAAUGCGCUCAACCGUGACGACGACCGCCUGCAAGACAUUGUCCCUAUUGUUCUCACGAGCGCUGUGACCGGUGCUGGCAUCGGUCGUCUUCAUGCUUUGCUGCGGUCAUUGCCCUUCCCUACACGGCCCCCUUCAACCAGCCUGGACACGAUACCCCGGCCAAUUUCACCUGCAUACGAGACUAACCACUUUGCCAAAAUCCUUGAUGUCAACGAGGUCUUUGAGAUGCCCUUGUUCAAGGUAUAUUCUCUCUCAAAUGAGACUCACCAUCAAAAUGACCGAGGCAUUAUCCUGUGCGGCCGCAUCCGUCGGGGCACCAUUUCUGUUGGCGACUGUUUGGUAAUAGGCCCCUUCCAGCCAGACUCUAAACAUGAUACCAAGUCCAAUGACCACCUUGUUGGUCAACGCGCAAAGGGAACUUGUAGCAAGUCCUUUCCCGACAAUCUUACGUCCCUUCGACUGCAGCGACUGCAGGCUCAUACCUCACAAUCCCAUCCUGAAGUGUACUGGCAGGAGGUCCGUGUUGUGAGUGUUCGAAAUCUGAGGCAGCCAGUGAAAUGUCUUCAUGAGCAGCAAGUCGGGACGAUUGGAAUCGAUCCCAUUAAUCCUCUUUCUUGCCUUGGUAGAAUUCGCAAGGGAAUGGUGCUUGGUUCUUCCGUGGCUUCGUCCAGAACCCCUCUUCCUCCCUAUCCGUCCUCACCGCCGUAUUUCCAUACUGGGUUUACUGCGAGUUUUCCUGCUCCAGAUAUCUUGUUUUCACAGUCCUCCAUCGCGGUCGGUAGCACCAUGGUCGUUUACAUUCGGUCUAUCCGGGCACCUGCUAAGGUGCUUGCUAUUGAUAAGGCUAUAGAGCAACAGAGGAGGAAAUCCUCAGUAGCAGAAGUUGAACUGUUCAGUUUCGACUCACCGGAAGAACCUGGCGAGCUUGAAUGCAUAGAACAAGAAUCCAUCUCAGAAGUGAAAAUUACUUUUGUGUUUCUAUCAUCUGUGGAGUGGAUUGAAGUGCAUUCUCGUGUUCUUGCCAUACCAUCUACCACCAGCCUAGCCCUGUCAUCGAUGUCGUCCUCUCCAUCUCGUGUGAGUCGAGGUACGCACAGCCCGACGGGCCUUGUGGGCACCGUGAUCGACGUUUCUCAUAAUUGA